AUGGGGCACAUCGUUGCUCAGAGUGGAAUUGCAGUCAUAGACUGCUCAUGGGCCAAACUGGAAGAAACUCCCUUUCAGAGAAUGAGAGGAGGUCAUCUACGGCUGCUGCCGUACCUGGUGGCUGCAAACCCCAUAAACUACGGUCGCCCGUGCAAGCUGUCCUGUGUGGAAGCUUUUGCUGCAGCUUUUUGCAUUGUUGGAUUCCCAGACCUGGCCACCAUUCUUCUAAGGAAAUUUAAAUGGGGUAAGGCGUUUAUUGACUUGAACAAAGGUCUCUUGGAAAAAUAUGCAGCCUGUCACUGCCAGGAAGAAGUGCUGAGAGUUGAAAAGGACUUUUUAGCUAGUGUCCACGAAACAAAAGACGAAGAAAUAGAUCCAUUUGAUGUUGACUCAGGAAAAGAAUUUUCUAAUCCCAACAGACCAAUCAAUUCCCCAGGACUAGCAGAAAGUAAUGAAGACUCUGAAGAGGACAGCAUGAGCCCUCCAGAUGAUGCCACUGAAAGCAGUGAUGAGAGCAGUCCAGAUGAUGAUGGUACUGUUAAGUAG